UGUACAUUAUGGGAGUAUAAUGUUUUGGAUUUUUUUUUUUUUUUUUUUUAAGAUAUCUGUCAUCAGAUCCUGGACCUGUACUCACAGGGAAAACAGCAAAUGCCCCAUCAUACUCCUCACCAGUUGCAGCAGCCACCAUCUCUUCAAUCCACACCACAGACACCUACGGUACAGCAAUCACAGCAGUCUCAGAGUUCAGAGCAAUCACAGACUCAGCAGCAAAAAGAGUCGCAACAGUCAGCACAGCAACAGCAGCAGCAGCAGCAAGCACAGGCACAGCAAUCUAAAAAGCCCUCUCCCCAGUCAAGUCCUCCUAGACAGAUUAAAAGACCGGCAGCUGUAUCUCCAAAAGAAGAUACAAAGACAUCAGAACCACCACCACCAUCUAAAAUUCCGAAAAUUGAAACUUCACAUCCACCAAUACCUCCUGCACAUCCACCUCCAGAGCGCAAACCUCCUUUGACAACUGCAGUUUCAAUGGGAGAAGCAGAGCAAUCUACUACUGUGGACUCAGUAGAUAUGCCAAAGGUCCAGAUUCCUCCCCCUGCUCAUCCUGCCCCAGUACAUCAACCUCCGCCUCUGCCGCAUCGUCCGCCGCCCCCACCUCCCACCAGUUAUAUUACAGGGAUGUCUACUACAAAUUCCUAUAUGUCAGGGGAGGGUUAUCAGAGUCUUCAGUCAAUGAUGAAAACAGAAGGACCAACUUACGGAGGUUUACCACCGGCCUACGGACCACCAGCUCAUCUACCAUAUCAUCCUCAUGUCUACCCUCCCAACCCUCCACCACCAGUUCCACCUCCACCCCCUACUUCAUUCCCCCCACCCAAUAUUCCACCUCCCACUCCAGGAUAUCCUCCUCCACCCACAUACAACCCUAAUUUCCCACCUCCAAGACUGCCUCCAACUCAUGCAGUACCACCUCAUCCACCUCCAGGGCUGGGAAUGCCACCAGCUAGUUACCCCCCACCUACUGUUCCCCCAGGUGGACAGCCGCCUGUACCACCUCCAAUUCCACCACCUGGUAUGCCACCUGUAGCAGGACUUGGACGUGCUACGUGGAUGAGAUAGCAUGAGGUAAUUUGCACGAUAUCCCUUUCUAGGCAGGAGUAGCUAACCAAAACGUACAUUGUAAAGAUGAAGAGGAGGGUAAUUUGUAUAAUUUAGAUGAAGAAAUGAGGAGGUGAAAUGAAAAUUUAGCUGAUCUGUUUGCAGUAUUGUUUAUGGUGAGUUAUAUAGGCUUCUAGAUUUUAAUCAGCUUUGCAGUAUCCUAACUUUAUACAUUUGACUUAAGUUUAAAUUGUCUUGAGUUAUUCCAGCACUGGAUUACUUUGUACUAGCAAAACCAGCCAUAUUGGCUCAAUUGUAUCAGCAAGAAGAAAAUUUCCUUCUAGAAAUCAGUGCCUGUUUUUGCCUAUCAAAAUAGCCAGAUACCAUGACAUUUGGUUUAUAACAGGAAACUUUUGUGUUUAGUAAUUAAAACAACAAUGUCAAGCGUAAAAGCUACUGUAUUUAAGAGAGAUUCUGAGUGCUAGCUGACUGGAAUCAUUUUGAGAUGUUGGCCUUGCUGAUAUUUUUGUUUUGGAAUGUACUGGUAUCUUAAAGUAUUGUAUGUUUACACCUAUUUGCAAAUUCCUGUACAUAAUAUAUAUAUUUUGUAAGUGUGAAAGUCUGAAUGUAACAACCUACUGUGAUGAACAUCCUGGUUAUAAAUGGGACUACUUCGCUCACAUCUACUCAAAUAAAAUUGGUUCUGAAUU